AUGGCUCAGCCCAGCCAGCCGCACCCCGAGACCCUAACCCCAGAAACAGCAGCAGCAGCAGCAGCAGCAGCAGCCGGCGAAAGCCGCCAAGGACCAGCGGCGGACCAGCGGCGGACCAGCGGCGGACCAGCAGCAGCGCAGCAGCAGCGCAGCAGCAGCGCAGCAGCAGCUGCGGACCCAGAGAAAGGGGAAGAGAAGCAGCAAGAGGCAGCAGCAAGGCGAAAGAAAGCAAAAGAAACGCCGCAAAAGGGAAAACGAACAGCAGCAAACGCGAAACGCAGCAGCAAGAGCGGCGCAGCCGCGCGAGCCCGCGCGUCGGCCGCGGCGAGUCGGAGGCGGAACAAACGCGAAACUCGGAGUUAA